AUGGCGGAGCAACAAAUAGAUUUCAGCCGUCUUCGCAACCGCGAUGAGCUCGUGAUCGACGAACUCGUAAACAAAUUUCUCCUCGCAGCCGAUGCGCCUCCUCGUACCCCUGAUCGCCGAGAGAAAAUCAUAGAAUUCUUCUCGUGCAUUCAGCAUUUUUCCAAGACCGGCCACGUUCUGUGUGUUUUCACUACUUUGAUCCGUCUCGCAAGCUGUAUUCCUCAUGACCACAGUUGGCAGCGGGAUCUAGCCACAGUUUUUGAGCAGAUGUUUGAGAAUGUAGUUGGAUGGAAGAAACUGGAUGAAUUUGAAAAGCAACUGGAGAAACGGUGGAUAUUUAAUCCCUGGUGUAGCGACGAGCAGAUUCUCAACGAUAUCAAGACUUUCCAAGUUGACGAAUGGAUAAAUCUCAAUGCCUUCGUUGCAGGCCUAUACGGUGAACUGGGCCGUGGCUUUUCCUCCUUUGCCAGCUCCGGGAUGAGUCUCGCGCUUGACACGUGGAACGACAAGCCUGAGGAAUGGAUUCAUGAUGAGAAGAUUUUCGACUACUGUUGGCGAGCUCUGGACUCGAUGGACGAAAUAGAGAAGAAGCUGUUGUCAGGACUCAAAUUCGUGAUUGAUGCGGACGAAAAUGUUAGGGUGGUGAAUUGUCAGGAGGAACUAGAUUCAGCACACGCCACUUGA